CUCUUAUACCAGCUGCCUUAUUGUUGUCAUUGUUGUUAUUUUUUUUUAAUUUUUUUUUUGUUGAUAAGUGAAACUGAAACCGCGCCGCAGCAAGCGAAAUUCGCGAGUGCGAGAAAGGAGUGACAAAAAGAACUAUUGAUAUCGGUUAUCGAAGAACUUUUGAUUGAAACAAAUUGAAGCAAAAAAUGUCACAAAAUUCGCUUGCCAUGUGCCACGCCCACCUGCCGAAAUGGGCGCUGCUGGGCGGGUGCGUGUGGCUGCUGCUGCUGUUGCCUUUGGCAGCUGGCGGUUCGUGCCGCGAGGCCCAACUCUGUUGCAACGGUCGCGACUCCUCGUGCGUGGUGCAAAAGGCGCCGGUCAAUGCGAUUAUCGAGGAUCUGAGCGAUAAGCCAUGCUACUGCGAUCACGCCUGCCUCAAGCUGGGCGACUGCUGUGACGACUUCAAGGAUCACUGUGGAGUGCUCGACUGCCAGGUGGGCGACUGGGGAGCGUGGAGCGACUGCGACAAGAGCUGCGGCGCGGGCAUGACGACGCGCACUCGCCAAGUCCUGCAAGCGGCCCAGAACGGAGGCAAGCACUGCCCAUCGCUGCUCCAGAAGCGAGCUUGCCAAGGCUAUCGCUGUCACGGACAUCGGGAUAAGAAGAUCCUGCGAGAAAUGGCUCUUCUGCUGCCUGCCGCACUCACGCGCAAUCAUCGAGCGAACGACAGCAGCGACAGUCGCCACAAUCUGCGCACGCGCUAUCGCGACUCCUACAAACACAAUCGGGAUCAUGAAUACUGCGUUGAGUUCGAGGUCAUCAAGGCAUCCAAAGCCUGCCACAAGCUGCCGCCCUAUAAUCUAAUGCUGGAAGGUGAUCGUAUAACUGUGCGCUGCGACCUCGAGGCUCUGGUACAGGACAAAGAUGCUGCGACUGGAGUUGGCAAGGCGAGCAACAGAGGCGCAACGACGACAACAACAACCACUCAUAAGACUCCGAUGGCGCAGCCAUAUCUGACCGAUGAGGGCGAGGAGAACAGCAGCAGCAGCAACAGCAAUGACAACGAGGAUGACAACGAGGACGAGCAGGAGCAGGAGCAGGAGCAGGAGGAGGAGGAGGAGGACGACACCGAGGAGGAUGAUGCACAAAACAUGCUCGAGCCCGAAGUAGAUGGCGAUGCGGAAACGGAAACGGAAACCGGGACGGCCAGCCGCGAGAACUAUGGCUACAAGCACCAGCGCCCAUCAUCGCAUCAUUCACGUGCAGCAACGUCCAAGCGCAGCGCCAAUGCUGUAGCGCCCAUGUUGCCGCCGGUGCUGCAGCAACAGCAGCAACAGUUGCUGCUUAACUAUCAUUGCCGCGGCGAAGGACUGUCGGGUCGCACGACGCGCUGGAGCGCGCUGCCGGCGCCGUCAUGUCGUGGCAAGUGGCUCCGCUUGACCAUCGGCCCGCCCAAGAAAUGCAACCAUGCGCAAUUCAUCUUCGUCUAAGCAGCUGCUGCAGCAACAGCAGCAUUCGCAGCCAUCCAAUAAUAUUAUUGGAAAAAUGUUCUUUUUUUUGAUCUGAUCGAGGACGUCAAUAUAUAUGUGUAGGGUAUACGCGUAGUCUAUGUAGCGAGUUCACAAACCCCAAAACCCGAUCCCAAAACCCCAUACAUAACCCUCUAAUUCCCAUUGGGUAAUAACCAUACAAAGAUGGCCGCCUGCCUACACCCAAACUGCGCCAUCUUUCCAAACAUAUGUCUAUACUCCUUCAGUUAUUUAUUCUUCUGCUGCCGCAUUUAAAGGUCUUCUCCUUCUUUUCGAUCAACAGCCAAGAGCCAUUAAUGCACACUUCCUCAAGUAGGCUAGUUUAGCUACUGAUCAAUGUUGUUUCGAACCUUUCAAAAAUCAUAUUUUUUACUGUGAGUAGACAAAGCUUUUAAUUAAUUCUUUUCUUUAGAGUAAAUCGUUCAUAAUUAAACAAUUUUGCUUUAAACGUUUACAUAAACAAAGGAUAUAAAAGGGUAUCUGUGUUUCGACAUGCCUAAUAAUAAACAAAAUGUCUAGAUGCUAACGCCGCAAAAAGGAACAAGCAAUAAAACACUAGCACUAUCUCUCUCUCUCUCUCUUUAGCAUAGUAAUUGCUACGACUCGAAGAGGAUCAAAACGAAGGCAGAAAAAAGAACCGUUGUCUAUUCCGGGUGUUGUUUCUUUGCCGUUGUUGUUUGCUAUGGUAAAUGACGUUAACUUUUUGCAUUUGAUUUGGGCUUUCCUAAAAAAAUAUAAGUAACGGCAGCAUAGAACUUCAUUGCUCGAACACCCAAUGGGACAAUGCCCAACAGUUGCUGCAGGCACGAAAGAGAAUGAGUAACAAAACACUUACAACCUCUCUUUUCUUUGUAUUCAUAUCAUAUCCAAGAAUCAUAUCGCACGGCAGCUGUCCUUAGCACCCACCCCCACUCCUCACACACAAUGAGAGAAGAACUCGCAUAUAAGUGUUUAAACUUUAAGACAGUUAAUUAAGAAAUCAAAUACAGUGAAUGUGUAUUUUUUUUGUCUCCACAUGC